GAGCAGAUCCUCCACCAUGAGCUCCAGCCAGCCAGGGCCCUGCCCAUGCCAGGGUGCUGCAGGCCGCCCGACCAUUCUGUAUACACUUCUGAGCCCCAGCAUCAGGGACCGGCCCUCCGUCGCCCCAGCCCGCGGCCGCUGCCUGUGCAGGCAGCACCGGCCUGUCCAGCUAUGUACGCCCCAUCGCACCUGCCGGGAGGCCUUGGAUGUUCUGGCCAAGACGCUGGCCUUCCUCAAGAACCUGCCGUCUUUCUGCCAGCUGCCCCCCCAGGAUCGGCGGCAGCUGCUGCGGGGCUGCUGGGGGCCCCUCUUCCUGCUGGGGUUGGCCCAAGACACUGUGACCUUCCAGGUGGCCGAGGUCCCAAUGCCUAGCAUACUCAAGAAGAUCCUGCUGGAGAAGCCCAGCAGCGGGGCAGGCGGCAGCCAGCAGCCCGACCGGCCCCAGCCCUCGCUAGCUGAGGUGCAGUGGCUGCAAUGCUGCCUGGAGUCCUUCUGGAGUCUGGAGCUGAGCCCCAAGGAAUAUGCCUACCUGAAAGGGACCGUCCUCUUCAACCCUGACAUGCCAGGUCUCCACGCCUCCUCCCACAUCGGGCACCUGCAGCAGGAGGCGCACCAGGCGCUGUGGGAGGUCCUGGAGCCCUGGUGCCCUGCAGGCCAAAGCCGCUUGGCACGUGUCCUCCUCACGGCCUCCACCCUCAAGUCCAUUCCACCCAGCCUGCUUGGAGAUCUCUUCCUUCGCCCUGUCAUUGGAGACGUUGACAUCGCGGACCUCCUUGAAGACAUGCUUUUGCUGAGCUGACCUGCUCCAGCCCAAGCAGGGACUGGGUGGAGGCUGGCAGCACUGAUUCGGCCUGGCUGUCGCCUGGGUGACCCAGUGCUCCCAGAGUUUCCCCAGAGCAGCUGGCCCCAGCACAGCCAGGUGGGCCCUCACUCAGCCACACCCCACCUUGACCCUCCUCAAUUUGGACACAGUGCUCCAGCUGACUGGCCAGCCCCUGGUGGUUCCAAGCCUCUGGGCCAAGACUCCUGUCUCCUCCUGGGGCAGGGUAGAAGUUUCCGCUGCUUGUUGGGCCAGGAGUUCUACUGACUUUGUACAGAACUGACUUAAGUUAUUGGUUUUUGUAAUAAAAGGUGUGACACCCUUGGAA